AUGCUACAAGUUCUAGUCUCCAUACAAGGGCUAAUCUUGAAUGCACAUCGUUACUUCAAUGAACCUGGAUCGCAAGAUUUGAUAGGCACGACAGACGGUGAAGAGCUGGCCUGGGAUGAUAACGAAAAUACAUUCAUUUUAUCAUUGAGGACAAUGAUGUAUACGAUAAUAAAGCCUCCAAAGGGUUUCGAAGACUUAGUCGUAGGGCAUUUCUACAGCCGAGCACAUGAUAUUUUUGCGUCAUGUAAAGCAUACAUGGAAGGUGUUCAAGUUGGUUGUUUGGUCAAAGGUGGGGUUCAAGAUGUUAAUGGGAGUAAAGGAAAUCAAUCUUCAGCUCAUUUUAUAUCUGGUUUAGUUGGAUGCGUGCCUUCUCUUGUCCAAGAGUUCGAAAAAGUUAGAGUUAACGACUGUAAGAAAUUCAUGUCUCCUCCGGUACCACGCAGUACCAGUAGCAGAAAGUGA